CGCAUGCGCAGAAGGACCGUUGAUGUUAGUGUAGAAAUGGCGUCUUCCAUGGGAGGGAUGUUUCCUGGUCAGCAACCUCCUGGAUCUCAUCAACCUACAGGUCCUGGCGGUCCAGGUCAGCCAGGGCUUCUCACGGGUACUCCUGGAAAUAGAGGAGCAAACAACACUUUGGUAGAUGAGCUGGAAGCUUCUUUCGAGGCGUGUUUUGCAUCUCUGGUGAGUCAAGACUAUGUGAAUGGAACAGACCAGGAGGAAAUUAGGACUGGGGUAGAUCAGUGUAUACAGAAGUUUCUAGAUGUGGCCAGACAAACCGAAUGCUUCUUUCUUCAGAAGAGACUGCAGCUGUCUGUGCAAAAACCAGAACAGGUGGAAAAAGAGGAUGCAUCAGAACUUAAGAAUGAACUACAGAGAAAAGAGAUGCUGAUUCAGAAACAUCUUGGCAAGAUUCACCACUGGCAGCAGGUGUUGGAGGACAUCAACGUCCAACAUAAGAAGCCCACAGAACUGCCACAGGGCCCACUAGCCUUCCUGGAGCAGGCCUCAGCCAACCUUCCUGCUCCAAUGAAACCAAACUGAUACCUGGGCAGAGACUCAUAAACUUAUUCAGACUGUGUUUAAAGGCUACUUCAUAAGUGCUGCCUGGCAACUUGUACCAUAAGUCCUUGAUGAAGAUAAAGUCAAUGAUGCGGUCAUCUUUUUAUGUCAGUGAAGUGAUUCAACAGCUGUUUAUUUUUUGACAAAUGCUUGUGGUAAAGCUGCAAGUCAUUAAAUGUCUGACAUUAUGCCAAGAAUAUAUAUAAGUUUGAUUACAAGUUAGUCAUAUUUGUUACUUAACUAGACAGAUAUGCAGCAGUCAGCUAAAAGAGAUACAAUAAGCGUAGUGCUUUAGUUAGGAAAUAGUAGGGAAUAAGUGGAACUAAACGGUUUAAUUGCUGGGGGAUUUUUGAUUGUUUAUACUUGACAUUAACACCUUUUGUACAGUUCAGAAUAAAUUUUUUUUGAUAA